AUGGCCGAGCACAACCAGACCAAUAACCAGUACAAUGCUCAACCCCGCGACAGCGAAGCACCUCCAUACCCGGGCACCAGCCCCGUGAGCCCCAUCACCGGCUCAGAGAGCAUCCAGCCACCUCCCUCCGAAGCCACGGGCGCUCACUCCGAGAAGCCUCCGAUGCAAGGCGACUAUGAUGCACCCACCCCCGUCCACACCGACGAAUCUGCCAGGGGAUAUCAGGGACAGCCGCACCCCGAUCAGAUCAAUGGACCCGCUGGCCAGUAUCCGGUGAACUCGCCGUCGGAUGUCAAGGCGUACCCUGGUCAACCAACUCCCCAGUUUCAACAACAGCAGCCCGGACAGCCGGGCGCGUACUAUACACCCCAUGGCCAGCAGACCGGCUAUGCCACGGCUACCCCUUUGCACGCGCUUUUAUCAGUACCGUGUCCGGUGGAUUGUCCAUGCUGCGGAAAACGCGAAAUGACGAGAGUUGAGUCGGUUAGUGGAACGACGACGCAUGGUUGGGCUGCUGUCCUCUGCUGCUGCUGCUGUCUCGGAUGCAUUCCUUACUUGAUGUCCUCGCUCAAGGAUGUCGACCACUACUGCGGUCAAUGUAGUGCUAAGCUCGCGACUUGGCACAACAGCGGGCGUGUCGAGGUGCUGCAGACCGGACAAAGGCAAUAA